ACACAUAUCAACAUCAACGAUUUAACAAACACCCUGUUUACACGUCAACUUUCGCUUUUCAGUGGCAUAACUUAAACCACAUCAAUUUCUACUGAAAAUCGCUAUAAAAAUAUUUAAAAUAGUAAAUAUAAAUGGUUCUAUUGACUUUUUAAAUCAUAGAACAUGAAAUUUGACUAUUUUAUUACGUCCAUUUCGGGCUUUUCGAUAUUUCUAAGCCUUCAAAUAUUCAUCACCUUUUUCAAUAAUGCCAUUUUUGUACACGGGAGCUUUGACCCAUUUAUGGAUAGCAACCUUUUUUCUAUCAAAUGGCAAGGGCAUCUUGAUUUAACCAGAGAAGAGGUAAGUACAUCUAUAAAAUCAAAGCGAGAAGUCCGGUCAAGAAUAUGGAGGUUAUCAGUUUUCAGAAUUCAGUUUUAAACCAGUUAUCACUAACUGAAUCAGUUAUAGUUUAUAGUUAUCAUUAUCAGUUUUUAAAAAUCCAUUCAUACUAUUUUGGGUAAAUUUACGCUUUCCACACCACUUAUUUCCCACAGGCGCCAUCUUGUUUGUCAUGGCAACGACAUGGCGGCUGUGUAAAAAAAAAUUAGUGCAAGACACAUCCUGCUAAAAUUGAGAGGGGAUAGACAGAGAUGUGUUGUUUUAGCUCUUACUGAGAGAAAUGAAAGGUAACCAAAUGAAAAUAGGAAUAAAAUGUUCAAAUUUAUUGAAAUAAAAUUUCAGCUGGUGCAUUUAUUGGUAAAUUUUGGGUUUACGGUAUGGGUUUUGCCAAAAGUUUUCUUACCCUAAGCGCAGUGACUUCACUUUGGGGAAUCCCAACUUAGGGUGAAUAGACCUAUUCAUUGUAGGGCCUCAAUGGUGUGUGUUUUAACAUUCCUGUUCUUUAUUGAGCAUUACUCGCGUCAUAAACGAUACGGUUAAUAUGAAGUAUAUUAAAAUGAAAUUUUCCAUUUAUUUGUAUUAAAAUUCAACUAACACGUUUCAAAAGAGAGGAAAAAAGAAACACAUCCUUGCUAGCACUUGGUGAUACCCCAAGACCCAACACUGGUGGAAAAAAAAGACGUGCGCCAAAAUUGCUGUAUUUUGAUUAGUUGAAAUCAAAAUAUCUGUAUAUUGAAACUUCGGUUACAAAAGGGAGACUACUGCUUAAAUUGCAUUUGGAAUCAUCUUCUAGGGACUGGGAAGGGGAGACCCCCUCCUCCAACCCCUCCCCUCACUUUAAAUACUAAAAUAAGAAACAAAGAAAUCCUCUUGGGAGGGGAGACCCCUCCCCAAUUUAAUAAAAAUAUCAAAUAAGAAAACAAUUAUGAGAAUACAAGCAUCAAAAUCUUUUUAUUAUGGCCCUGGGGGAACCUCCAUGACCUAUAUACUGCGGAACACAUCGUCAGCCUUACCGUGAACCCAAAAUCAGCCCAUUAAUUUUGUGGCAAACAGCAACUUUAUUGUAUCCCUUAAAUUUAGUAUACACUUUGUUGAAGGUUACACCAAAAAUAAAAUCCAAAAAUUGUCCGAAAAAUCAUUACAAUACGCAUUUUCCAAAAUACCAGAAAAUUUAAAUAUUAUAAUUAACCACCCAAUGAAAUUAUAAUUUAAAACAUUGCAUCAGCAUGUUAUUAUUUUUAUAAUAGAAAAGUCGACUCUAGUAACAAUCAAAGAAUAAAGAAUCCAACACAGUAGCUCAAAGUGGCUCGGAUUGCGUAAGUUGACCCUAUUUUGAUACUGAUACUACAGUUGAGUACAGCACUUGAUGCCAGUGCACUGUGCCUGUGCAGUAAUCAAUACAUUUGCUGGAGAAGCUAUCUAUCUUGAUUGCAAUAAUAUUAUAAUGAUAAUGUCAUCUGCACUUGCGCACAAUUUUAUUCAGUUAUUCAGUAUCAAUAGUAGAAUACACGCAAACAAAGACAAAUUGACCUUGAUAUCCACCUAAUAACGACAGUCAUCAAAUUUUAACAUUUAUUAUGUUCCCUAAAUAAUUAUUACAAUGUUUUCAAAGUCAGCUGACCCCAGACAAGCUUCAGGUCUAUUUCAUACUGUAUGUUGAUUACUUUAAAGUCUUAUCAUAUUUUAUAAUAAUGAAAAGAAUUAUCAAUUGACAAAAAAAAAGUAAAUUUAUGAUUAUUAUAGGUUUUUAAAAAAAUCAACAACUACAUUAUUAGGGUUUUGAUAGAAACAAUGUGAGCAAAGAUGGCGUUGGUUUCCUUUUUUUUCUUCUUCUAAACUAUGUCCUUUUACAAGCAUGAUACUCUCUCCUGAAGCAUGAUAUUAAUGAUAGGUAAAAGCAACCCAUGCUAACUUGAUUUUCUUGGUACUCAUAAGUGCAAUUUGUUCUAACAAAGAUGAACAAGUUGACUUGAAUAAUGACUAUGAAAUCACAGGCAGGUCUGAGACACUAUACAAAAUAUGUUUAUGAUUAUUUUGGAGAUUUAGAAAAUAAUUUUGAAUUAUACUUUUGUCAAGGUUUUUGAAUCUUUUAUGCAUGAAGUGAAUUUUGUUUUUUGACUAUGGAAGUCAUAAGAUUGCAGUGCAAUGCAUCCGAUAACACACUGAGAUUGUAAAGCAAAGUGAGAACAGAAUGUAGGGAGUGAUCACUUGGGUUUCUUGCAGUUUCUUGGCCAAUUUUGUUAGUCAGAACAGGGAACACCCGCCAGAAUUGCAUGUGAAAUUAUUUAGUUUCCACACAUUGUCAGAGUAUAUCUUAUCAAGCUCUGUGUUUCCUUAGUGAAAGAUGAUAUCUUAUCAAGCUCUGUAUUUGCUCAGUGAAAGAUGAUAUUUUAUCAACCUCUGUGUUUUGCUUAAUGAAAGAUUAUAUCUUAUCAAGCUCUGUAUUUUCUUAGUGAAAGAUGAUAUCUUAUCAAGCUCUGUGUUUGCGUAGUGGAAGAUGAUAUUUUAUCUAGCUCUGUGUUUGCUUAGUGGAAGAUGAUAUCUUAUCAAGCUCUGUGUUUGCUUAGUGAAAGAUGAUAAUUUUUCGGCUCUGCUUGUUUUUGUUUUUUAAAAAGUACUUCUUGAUUGACUGUAAAUAUGACUGUUCCAUUGUGCUUGUGAAAAUGUUAGAUAUAAUAACAUCUGUUACACAUUAAAUAAAAAGAGAUUGACAUUUUACCCCAAAAAACUAUCACAAAUAAUAUAUAAAUUAAAAAAUAAAAUCUUCAAUAAAUCUGUUUUGAAUUUUUACUCAGCUCUAGAUCUCAUGUAAAUAAGUGAAGUAAAAUUUAUAAUUAAAUUCAUUCAAAAAUUGCACUUGUAGUAUGGAGGGGAAAAAAAUGAUUCCUUUGUUAAGAAUUUAUUCUAAUUAACUUUCUCAACCACUAACAUCUUAUGGUUAUCUUGAUUGAAUCCUUGAUUUCAUUUUUCAGGUGGAAUUGCUGGGGGAUCGCCAUCUUAUGGUCACAACCAACGCUAACGAACAAUAUCGAUGUAUACUACCAGAUAGCAAGAAACCAUCUAAUGUAAAUAAUUUUUGAAGAAAAAAUCCUUACCUAUCUUUAGUUAUGAAAAAUAAAGUUACCUUUUUUUCUCCUCACGGUAAUAUUCUUGACCUUACAUUAUUAUAGCAUCAUCUAAAAUGUCAAUCUUUAUUGUGUUUAUUUAUCAGCUGAAUAUUAAAAAUCAAAAAGUUUUUUUGUUUUUUUUUAUUUAAUAUAUAAUGCAUUUUCACAGAUUUGUAAAACGAAAUAUAAGCCAUUAGUGAGUCUUUAAACAAAUUUUAAAAGAAUAAUAAUAAAUUUCAUAUACCAUUUAAAACAAAAGUUAUAAAACUUAAUCCUCAAUUUAUUACAGGAUGGAGGUUCAUCGCCGUCUGGACCUUCAGUUGAUGAAUUAAUGAAGCCAAUGUUCAAGCAAGCUCACUGCUCAUAUCGAGUAAAAUUCUUUAACAUUUCUCUUAGCUGCUGUGUGUACUUCUAUUAAAUAGCUGUUUUGUAACAUAUCUCUUAGCUGCUCUGUGUGCUUAUAUUAAAUAGCUGUUUUGGUGAACAAUUAAAAUAGAUUAAAUUUUUUGGAAUAACACAACUAAGCCUUCAAAUCAGUCAAUCAUUUUAUUUAUGUCAUAGAAUUUUUUUUUUAUCCCUUCUGCCAGUGAUCAAAGCUGCUUCUCUAAUUCUCUUUAUUGAAUUGAAAUUGAUCAAAAGAAGACAAAAUGUAUUCUAUUUUCAAAUCCUUUUUGUUUUGUUAUGGUUCUGGCUGGAAAAACUUUCUGUCGAUUAAUUUACCCACUUACCGUCAACGAGCUGAAACUUGGCACAAAGACUUGUUGCCAAUGACAACACAUUCUAUGACAACUUCAGCCCCACCCCCCAAACCAAAAGCCCAAAAAUCAGUUUUUCUUGUUUUUCAAGGUGAAGAUGAAGGAAAUAUGAUGCCACUGAUUUCAUGAAAUAAAAUUCCUGAUAACUGCGCUAAAUGAGAUUCUUUUUUAAAAAUGGCAAGGGUAAUGUUGUCUUUUGUUUUUAUGAAGUAGUUGGUGUAAUAAAUCUGCGUCAUAAGAGCCAGUGGGUCAUUAGAAUAUUACUAUAAAAUAAAAUAAUAAAAAAUGUGUUGAAACGAUUCAUAGAAAAAACUUUGUUUUCACGUGUUGUUUAAUUUUUUAAUAUUUCAAAUUCUUAGACAAUGUGCUACGGCAUAAGCAAAAAUAGUUUUUCAAAUAAAAAUAAAGAGAUGAUAUAAGAAUGGAAUAUGGGUAUUUCAAGGUUGAUGCGAUGAUCACAACAUUAAUAAAAAACACAAACCCUGCUUAUUGUUCAAGGAGAAUCUGGAUUCCAUGGGCCGUCCUGGUGCAUCUCAACAAAGGAAUAAUGGCUGUCGAGUGUGAACAUUGCCCGUGUUGAAGGAAAUCUGCAUUGUAUCACUGUCCCAUUCAUGAGUUAAUAACAAAAGAAACGUGUCAUCUGUUUUCAGAUAGAGAGUUACUGGACCGUGGAACUAUGCCACGGUAAACAUUUGAAGCAGUACCACGAGACAAAAGAGCAGGGAAUGGUGAGGGCAAGUUCUCUUUUAUUUCCUUCUUAUCAACUUAAAUCAAGUAAAAAGUCAAAUUAAUGAAUCGUCUGUUUCCCAAAGGCUGCACCUUAAUUUAAAUUAAGUACAUUAGGAAAUGGUGUCAGCGAGCCGUUAAGCUGGAUUGCUCUUAAUGCUCUUCCCCAAAGCACACUCCCUUCUUCAAGCAUGAAAAGUCCCCUAUCGGGCUGCAAAGGUCUCAUGCUAGGAAAGCCCCUGCCUGUAGCAUCACUCAACUAGCUUUAUAUCAUAUAGGCCAUGUCAGCCUAAGGACAACAGGCCUGUUGGGGAUGUUGCUCUGACAACAUGGGAAGUUGAUUUCCCCAGGGGUCAGGAUGAUGUAUUUACUUCCUAAUAUCUCCCCCCACCAAUCCCGGGAACCUAAAUCAAAUACAUUGUUGGAUCACUAACAAUGAUGGUUGUUUUAAGUAUCAAUUUGUGUGAGUUAGUCUUUAAAUCUGAUAUCAAUUUGUCUGAUUUAGUUUAUAAAUCUGAUGAUAUCAAUUUGUCUGAUUUAGUUUUUAAAUCUGAUACCAAUUUGUGUGAUUCAGUUUAUAAAUCUGAUGAUAUUAAUUUGUCUGAUUUAGUUUUUAAAUCUGAUACCAAUUUGUGUGAUUCAGUUUAUAAAUCUGAUGAUAUCAAUUUGUCUGAUUUAGUUUUUAAAUCUGAUACCAAUUUGUGUGAUUCAGUUUAUAAAUCUGAUGAUAUCAAUUUGUCUGAUUUAGUUUUUAAAUCUGAUACCAAUUUGUGUGAUUUAGUUUAUAAAUCUGAUGAUAUCAAUUUGUCUGAUUUAGUUUUUAAAUCUGAUACCAAUUUGUGUGAUUCAGUUUUUAAAUCUGGUGACAUCAAUAUGUGUGAUUUAUUCUUGUGAUUAUUUCAGCAACCAAAAGUACAAGAAUAUUACCUUGGAUUUGGCAAUCACAGAGAGAAAUUGAAAGGUAAAUAAGAACAAUGUGUAAGCUUCUAUCAAAUCUGGAAAACAGUUUUUUCUAUAUGAAUUAAAAAGUAAAGAAUAUUCAUCCUCUUGACAAAGUAUUAUUAUAAAAUAAUUUUAAAAAGUUGUGUAAUAAUUUUUUAAUUUUUUUGUCACAUAAUGUAACACUCACCAUGUAAUGUAACACUCAUCACGCAAUGUAAUACUCAUCUUGAUAUCAAAUUUCUCUUUCUGUGCAUUUUUAUCAUGGAAAUUCAAAGCAGAAUAUCACAGCAGUGUAGUUCAAUGAAUGAUUAGAAGAGUUCAUUAAUGAGUUUACUUCUCAUCUGCAUUUCUUUUUAUAGAAGUAUGCUUAAUAAAUAAUAACAUAUGAUCUGCUUUCUAUUUUCUACUUUAAAAACUUGUGGUUACUUUUGAUUACCUUAUUAGUUACUUCUGAUUACCUUAUUAGUUACUUCUGAUUACCUAAUUAGUUACUUCUGAUUACCUAUUUAAAGUACUCAUUGUUUAUGUAGAUAAUAUCAUUUGCUUUAGUUUUAGAAAAUGUUUCAAGUAUCACCUCUCUGUUGUCAGAUGAAGGCAAGCUAGUCGAAGAAGCCACGAUACCUCUCCGAGAUGUUGACGGUGUCAUGCUGCCAUAUUAUGAAAUCAUAAUGGAUGACGGCACCAAAUGUGACCUGACGGGCUUGCCAAGGAAAUCCCACGUAUUGUACGUGUGUCAGCCCGAGGGGCGGGGUGAGGUGUAUGGCUUCAAAGAGAGCUCAACUUGUGAAUAUGAAAUUAUUGUUCUCUCAGCUUUGCUGUGUAAGCAUCCCAGCUACAGGUGAGACAUUAGAUCUAUUGAAUUAUUCAAACAUCUUUGCCUAAGUGUCUUAAACCAGGAUUCUCAAACUACAAUCACCAAAAAUACAUCAAGUAUUAUUUAGCCAGCCCAAGGAGGCAUAGCACAUCAUAUACAUUAUUAUAGAGCAUUUUAACAACAAUCACUUUGCAAGAGCGUUAUCUUUGAGGGCCACAGGUUCGUGAGCCAUUUCAUAAAGCAUAUCUGCUAAGAAAACAUUUUCGGAGUCACAGACAGGGGGAGGUUAUGAUAACUCCAUCAUAGAUUAGUAAAAACAAUAAAAAUUUAAAACUGAAAGACGCAUAUUUAUUCAUUCAGAGAGCCACAGGCAACUCAGGUGCUGUAGGUUGAGGACCAUUGCCUUAGAAAAAUGGAAUAACCAAUUUGUUGCAAAUUUACAUGUUUUUAAAAAUUCUUAAGUCGUGUUUUUUAUCAUUUGAGCCAAGAGGUAUGAAAGAUUUGUAGACAAUCCAACAAGUGUUAUUUCUUGCCUUAGUGUAUUCAACUCUUAGACUGUUACAGGACUAACAAUCACAAAGUAAUAAAGAACAAUUAAAGAAAAGUAAAAAAAAACAAUUAAAGAUAUCAAUGUUGCUGAAUUGUUAAAGGAUUUGCUUUGAUUCUGGUACAUCCACAAGAAAACAUUGAUCACACGCUCUCUAGCAGACCUGUUUACUCUUACGAUUUUGGCGUACAAUGUACGAUUUUGAGGUGUAUACAUUAUAUAUAAUGUAUGUUUAUUUUUUAAUAUUAAGAUAAUGUAUUGAACAAUUUUGUGAUGAUAUUGUACGAUUUUAAGAGUUUGAGAGUAAACAGGUCUGCUCUAGUACCACCACCGGCACAUAAAGUAAAGAUGCAUUCUAAAACCCAGUGGCUCUCACAUUGUUGGCCAGUUCUCCAUGAGAAUGUACCAAAUUAAUAAUUGUACAUUUUUUUAAAUUUUCACUGUGUUACAAAAAAUAAUUAAUUAGAUUAAAGCAAGAGAUUGCAUAGUUUUUCUCUCAUUGCUACUAGUUUGCAAAGGAACCAAUUGAAAAUGAUUAUAACCGUUGUAAUAAUACGGCAGCAUAAAAAUGUAUGAAGUUUAAGAGAUCUUAUCAUGCCUAACUUCUAACUCUUUUGUAUUUUUAAACAUAAAAUGUUCCUUUAAAAAAAUAGGCCUAAAACCCAGCCUGUAAGUGAAAUAAGAUGUCAUGCCAUGUUCGGCUCACCCCUAAAGCCAAGGGAGCUUACCAGUGUUGAGUAUGAAGCAAGAUAUUUACAGAAUGCUGGACAGGUCAAGUUGUUUUCAGUUAUAUACUUUUCCAUUAGUUUAAACGUUUAAUCUGGGGAAGGCGUGACUCUUAAAUACUCAAGUCAAUGACAAUAAAUUUAGAUGAUGUCCGUCAGUGUCAUGGAGAACUUUUUAACAAAAUUUUGUUUAAUUGGAGAGCUAAUAUUGAGAUCCAUCUCAGAAUGUCACAAAUUGAAAUGAGAAGGAAAACAGAAAUUUCAGUGUGAAUAAAAUGAAUUACUUACUGAGUGAAACAAAAUUCAAUCUGCAUCACAAGAAACCUCUGGAUUAUUCCAUGUCAGAAGGGUUGGACUGUGAUAAAGCUUAUAAGUAGAUUAAUGAGACACAAACAAUGGACUGUGAUAAAGCUUAUAAGUAGAUUAAUGAGACACAAACAAUGGACUGUGAUAAAGCUUAUAAGUAGAUCAAUGAGACACAAACAAUGGACUGUGAUAAAGCUUAUAAGUAGAUUAAUGAGACACAAACAAUGGACUAUGAUAAAGCUUAUAAGUAGAUCAAUGAGACACAAACAAUGGACUGUGAUAAAGCUUAUAAGUAGAUCAAUGAGGCACAAACAAUGGACAUACGUAAAGAGCUUUCAUCAGGUAGGACACGUACAUUACGUAAAUGUAAUUGACAAACCUAUGAAAAUGUUUAUUGUUCCGCUAAAAAUGUGCCGAAACGUUUGAAUUUGUAUUUUUUGUGUAACCUUAAUUAUAGCUCAACAUAUAUUGUUUUAUUUACACAAAUUGUGUGUGUCUCAUUGUGCUGGGUUAUCCAAUAGAACUUUUAAAGAUAAAAAUUUCCCAUUUUCAUUAGUGGCAUUUUGCUCUUUUUCAUUUGAUGAAACUUCAGGAGUUCCUUACCCAAGAAGUGCCUAGGGACACCGAAGAAGUGAGGAAGCCCAGAUUCAUCCGCAAGCCGCCGACAGGAGAGAAAGAUGCAGCCGAGCUAAAGGCACUGGAAGAGCAACAAUCCCGUCUCAGUGACAUCACUGAUAAACAAACUCUAAGGGCUUUUCUAACUGGUAGCCAGUGUUUAAGAGGGGUGAGUCGUUUUCUUUAAAUUAAAAAUAAUUAUGGGAUAAGGAGAUGUAAGAGAGUAUAAGUAAGGAUUUGUAAUGGUGGUAUAUGUGAGGAUUUGUAAUGGUGGUAUACAUGAGGAUUUGUAAUGGUGGUAUAUGUGAGGAGUUGUAAUGGUGGUAUAUGUGAAGAUUUGUAAUGGUGGUAUAAAUGAGGAUUUGUAAUAGUGGUAUAAAUGAGGAUUUGUAAUGGUGGUAUAAAUGAGGAUUUGUAUUGGUGGUAUAAAUGAGGAUUUGUAAUAGUGGUAUAAAUGAGGAUUUGUAUUGGUGGUAAAUGUGAGGAUUUGUAAUGGUGGUAUAUUUGAGGAUUUGUAAUGGUGGUAUAUGUGAGGAUUUGUAAUGGUGGUAUAUGUGAGGAUUUGUAAUGGUGGUAUAUGUGAGGAUUUGUAAUGGCGGCAUAAAUGCGGAUUUGUAAUGGUGGUAUAUGUGAGGAUUUGUAAUGGUGGUAUAUGUGAGGAUUUGUAAUGGCGGCAUAAAUGCGGAUUUGUAAUGGUGGUAUAAUAUGUGAGGAUUUGUAAUGGUGGUACAUGUGAGGAUUUGUAAUGGUGGUAUAAGAGAGAUUGUGGGAUAUGGUGUUUUUUUAAAGAAUGAAUUCAACUCUUUACAGUAUGAGAUAAGUCAUUUAGUUUAGUUUAUUUUUUUGUAUGUUUUCGCUGAAGAAAGCUUUCUGCUGACAUGGAUCUUGUUUUGUAGUGCCAAUGUCUCUAGGUUUUGUUCUCAACCCCCCCCACACCCACAACCUUAUUAUCCUGUUAUGGGACUAUGAGCGAGCCUUAAGUGUAAUGAAAAUAUAGAGAGAUAGUAAAUUAUAAUAGAGCGUUUUGAGCCAGGGUAAAUUGCUGGGAACUAAUAUAGAAAAUAGGUCAAGUUGAAAUAUAUUACUACAUGAUUAAAAGACAUUUCUUUUUUGACACUAUAUACGUCUGGAAGUAUAGUUAUAGCCCAGUUCCAAGUCUUAGUGUUGUUUUUUUCACAGUUGCAUUCAGAACAAAUAUAACAAUACAAACUAUUCUUGUCUCUUUAAUGAACCCCUGUAAGAAAUGAUACAACGCAGUAACCUGUGUGUUUGUAACUCUCUCUCUCUCUCUGACAGGGCAACCUAUUCUUGUCUCUUUAAUGAACCCCUGUAAGAAAUGAUACAACGCAGUAACCUGUGUGUUUGUUACUCUCUCUGACAGGGCAACCUAUUCUUGUCUCUCUAACCUGUGUGUUUGUUCCUCUCUCUCUGACAGGGCAACCUAUUCUUGUCUCUCUAACCUGUGUGUUUGUUCCUCUCUCUCUGACAGGGCAACCUAUUCUUGUCUCUCUAACCUGUGUGUUUGUUCCUCUCUCUGACAGGGCACCGGAUGGUGGAAACAUGAAGUUUGUUUUGGCAAGUUUGCCAAGCAGUUCCAUGCUGUAAGUGUCAGUGACAGAAAUAAGUAGCAACUCUGUCACUAUGGCAGUUCUGAGUAAUGUCCAAGUUUUAUUUAUACAUACACUCAUGUCAUUUAAACAUAAUACUUAACAUGUGAUCAUUUUUUUUAAUCAUUUAAACGCAUGCUUGAAAUAUGAUAAUUUUUUUAAUCAUUUAAACCCAUCAGACUUGAAAUGUGAUAGUUUUUUUAAUCAUUUAAACCCAUCAGACUUGAAAAGUGAUAGUUUUUGUAAUCAUUUAAACCCAUCAGACUUGAAAUGUGAUAGUUUUUUUAAUCAUUUAAACCCAUCAGACUUGAAAUGUGAUAGUUUUUGUAAUUAUUUAAACCCAUCAGACUUGAAAUGUGAUAGUUUUUGUAAUCAUUUAAACCCAUCAGACUUGAAAUGUGAUGGUUUUUGUAAUCAUUUAAACCCAUCAGACUUGAAAUGUGAUGGUUUUUGUAAUCAUUUAAACCCAUCAGACUUGAAAUGUGAUAGUUUUUUUAAUCAUUUAAACCCAUCAGACUUGAAAUGUGAUAGUUUUUGUAAUCAUUUAAACCCAUCAGACUUGAAAUGUGAUAGUUUUUGUAAUCAUUUAAACCCAUCAGACUUGAAAUGUGAUAGUUUUUGUAAUCAUUUAAACCCAUCAGACUUGAAAUGUGAUAGUUUUUGUAAUCAUUUAAACCCAUCAGACUUGAAAUGUGAUAGUUUUUGUAAUCAUUUAAACCCAUCAGACUUGAAAUGUGAUAGUUUUUGUAAUCAUUUAAACCCAUCAGACUUGAAAUGUGAUAGUUUUUGUAAUCAUUUAAACCCAUCAGACUUGAAAUGUGAUAGUUUUUGUAAUCAUUUAAACCCAUCAGACUUGAAAUGUGAUAGUUUUUGUAAUCAUUUAAACCCAUCAGACUUGAAAUGUGAUAGUUUUUGUAAUCAUUUAAACCCAUCAGACUUGAAAUGUGAUAGUUUUUGUAAUCAUUUAAACCCAUCAGACUUGAAAUGUGAUCGUUUUUGUAAUCAUUUAAACCCAUCAGACUUGAAAUGUGAUAGUUUUUGUAAUCAUUUAAACCCAUCAGACUUGAAAUGUGAUAGUUUUUGUAAUCAUUUAAACCCAUCAGACUUGAAAUGUGAUAGUUUUUGUAAUCAUUUAAACCCAUCAGACUUGAAAUGUGAUCGUUUUUGUAAUUAUUUACAACAGAAUACUCUUCUUUAUUCUGAGUUUGAGUUGAAUAAUUCCUCCAAGGGAAAUGAGUGCCUUGUCAGAAAUGCUAUGGCCACUAGGAUACUUCUGGCCACUAGGAUACUUCUGGCCACUAGGAUACUUCUGGCCACUAGGAUACUUCUGGCCUCUAGGAUACUUCUGGCCACUAGGAUACUUCUGGCCACCAGGAUACUGCAGUCAAGUUUACACGACACAUUUCUGGACAUAUUUAAAACCCUUGUUUUGCACUGUUUCCUUUAGGAGGCUGGUAAAGAAGUGAAUAUUUUCUUGGGUUAUUGGGACAAAGAAAAGCAUUUGGCUUGGCUUCAAGAAAAUCCACAAAAGAGACCCAGACCAGCGGAAGGACGGAAGUAACUAAAUACAUUUUAUUUCAAUGAAAUCCAAAGUUUCAAACUUAAAGUAACGGCAUGAGCACGCUAAUAAUAAUAUAAACAAAUUGAUAUUAUAUUAUGUGGAAAGAGAAAUUUAAAAAAAAAAAUUUUUGAAACUCUUGUUCCGUUUAUUCUACGUAUUCAUUAUAAAUUAGGGUACCGGUACUUAUUUUCAAGUCCAAUAAUCAGAAUAAAACUAAUCAAAAUUAUUUUUGGGUGUGACUUGAUGAACAAAGCUAAAAGAUUUUUUAUUUAUCUUUAAUGCUCACUACCCGAUCCUUGACAAGAAUUUAUUCAUGCGGUCAAUAAGCUGCACCUGAAAAAUUCAUGGACAAAAUCUAUAAUUUUAGAAGAAAACAUGGCUUCCAAUGUUUUCUUGGUCAGCAUUUCUCCCAACUUGUCACUUUGUUUAUAACAAAAAUAUUAUAUGUAUUUUUAAACACCCAUUUGUAUCGCUUCAGACUUGUAUCGCUUUACUAUUCAAAUGGUGAUGUCUGUGAUCUGACCAAGAAGCCUAGAAACUGUGAAGUACGCUUGAAGUGAGUUCAUUUCACAAAGCUCUUAUCAAGUACCUGCUUUUGUUAUAAUUCAUUAUGUUCUUCUUCACAGAUAUCUUGAUUUUAUUUUGAUCGUAUUAAUUAAGCCUUCCCUAAUGCAUACAUACUAAUUCUUUAUAUUUGACUCUAUACAAAAAUGUUUUUCUACAUUUGUAGGUGCUUGCAAAAUCCCAAGAUGCCACAUGCUGUAGUGUUAUCUUUAGCUGAACCUGAGUCUUGUCAGUAUGUUUUAACUGUAAGUUUUACUUUAAUUCUAUAUGAAGUAUAACUCACAGAGUAGGGGAAAACCUGAAUGAUCACAAAACAAAACAAAUGGACUUGUUCAUGAGUUUCCUAGGGCCCAAUCUAAAAAUACCGAGAACGUUAACAUCUUGCUGAAAAUGGGUCCCCAACCUUCCAUUUUUGAUAUGUAAUGGGUCCCCAACCUUCCAUUUUUUAUAUGUAAUAGGUCCCCAACCUUCCAUUUUUGAUAUGUAAUAGGUCCCCAACCUUCCAUUUUGGAUAUGUAAUAGGUCCCCAACCUUCCAUUUUGGAUAUGUAAUAAAGAGUUUUCCAAUACCUUGCUGAAAAUGGGUCCCCAACCUUCCAUUUUUGAUAUGUAAUAAAGAGUUUUCCAAUACCUUGUUUUUGAUAUCAAUGUAGAUUUUUUGAGUUUUGCUAGAGCUUAGAGCUAACUUUUUUUAUUUUUUAAAAAGCUCUGGGCUUUUUUUUUGUGAAGAAAAGAUAUUACUGAGUUCAAUCAGCAAUGCAUAAAUAAGCAUUACUGAAUUUUCGAUUCCGAAAAUACAGAGAAACGGGUGGAUAACGGGAUAUCUAAAUUUUUAAAAUUAUAAUAGAUCUAAUCUCUAUAUUUAUUGAGCAUGUUGGGAAGUCUAGUCCAUAAGUGCCUUCAUCUCAAAUACUUAUUGAAUAUCUAGUCUAUAAGUGCCUUCAUCUCAAAUACUCAUUGAAUGUCUAGUCUAUGAGUGCCUCCAUCUCAAAUACUUAUUGAAUGUCUAGUCCAUAAGUGCCUUCAUCUCAAAUACUUAUUGAAUGUCUAGUUCAUAAGUGCCUUCAUCUCAAAUACUUAUUGAAUGUCUAGUCCAUAAGUGCCUUCCUCUCAAAUACUUAUUGAUAAGUGCCUUCAUCUCAAAUACUUAUUGAAUGUCUAGUUCAUAAGUGCCUUCAUCUCAAAUACUUAUUGAAUGUCUAGUCCAUAAGUGCCUUCAUCUCAAAUACUUAUUGAAUGUCUAGUCCAUAAGUGCCUUCACCUCAAAUACUUAUUGAAUGUCUAGUCCAUAAGUGCCUUCAUCUCAAAUACUUAUUGAAUGUCUAGUCCAUAAGUGCCUUCAUCUCAAAUACUUAUUGAAUGUCUAGUCCAUAAGUGCCUUCAUCUCAAAUACUUAUUGAAUGUCUAGUCCAUAAGUGCCUUCAUCUCAAAUACUUAUUGAAAUCAAUUUUAAUUAACUGUUAACCUGUUUUAUUUGUUUUUCAGUUUCAUUGUCAACAUAAUUUUUAUUAUCACCUAAUUUUUGUUGUUGUUUUAUUUGCAGGUUGAAUCUGCUAUAUUUUGUCCCAUUAUGAAAGAUGCAGACGAGAAUGGACUGUUUGAUAAUUUAGAAAUCUGAAUGUAGAACACAGGUGAAUAUUUUAUUAGUUUAAGUUCAAGGAAUAUUUCCGAUAUCGUGACAGAGUUCUCUCCCAUUAAGGCAUAUUUCUAUGUUAGCCGAGCAUCUGUGUGUAAUAAAUGCAUAUUUGAUUGUUUGAUAUUUGAUGUGGAACCAUUACUCUGAGCACAAAUUUUAAAUAUAUCCUAGAUGUCAAUAUUUUGGAGUUCAUUUAUGACGUCAGAUUGGUGUAGGUCAGUUAUGACAUUAGAUUGUUGUGGUUUUCUGCUAAUGCCAUCUCAGACUUAACACUUUCUGGACUUUGUAUUAAGGUAUUUAGUGCUCUGAUGACCUCAGCACACAGCAGUGUUUCUAAAUGUUUUCUGCAAUCUUUUUAAAACAAUGUGCUGUAAAAAAAAAAUGCUUUAGCCACUAAGAAUUCAUUUUGAAAUGUUUUGUAAAAUCCAUAUGGGGUUUUCUUUCUUUGUAACUUGGACUGGAGUGUGUGUUAUUUCAUCAGUGUUGUUGUUGUCAGUGUUAUAUCAUUACUGGGUGGUUGAAAUUUUUGGGAAGUGUUACAUUUUAAUCUCUGAUAUGGCUCACCAAAUGUAAACAAUUCAUCAAUGAGAUAUGUUAUGAUCAUAUGUCAGUAUAUCUUAAGUCCUGUUGAGGAAGCUUAGACUUAUUCUCACCUUUAUAAUUUUAUCAUUCUUGUGCAUUAUGGCAAUUCAUUCAAUAUUUAUCCUAUUUUUUAAUUUUAUUCUUGAUCAAUAUAUUUUGUAUGGUAAUAAGGGGAGAGACUGCAUUUCCUACAUAUUUUGUAUGGCAGUGCACAGUAAAAUUCCAAACUAAGUUCUAUUUUAUUAUAUUUACUUUUAGGUUUGGGGGAUAAAUUUUAUCAAAUUAUUCAUCAUGUUAUUAAGUUAAGUUAAAUGCCAUCAGUGAAUUUUUGAUAAGCUCUUUUGUUCUAAUUCUAAGCUGUGAUUGCAUUAUGUGUGUUCAUAAACUAAACAUUGUGAGAGUUGAUUUUUGAGGACUGGUACAGAGAGAGUUUUCAUGGAUCAUUUUUGUCUUGUGGUUAGAUAUCAUUUGGUUGAUUGAAUGUGUGCUUGCCGAUGUUAUACCAUUUUGUACAUUUGAUAUGUUGAUUCUGAGUUCACUAAUAAGCAGGUGCUUCCAGGUUUUCAUGGCAGUAAGAAAAUUAAACAAUUUGGUUGCUGAUUUGAUGCAAUUAAUCAUCUGUAAUUAUAUGAUUUAGUGAAAUUCUGUAGUUUCUUUUAUCUUGUAGAAUUGUCAUAGCCAUGCAAGGAUUCAGUAAAUAGCUUAUUUAUUAUAAGGUGUUGCUUUUAGAUAUUUUAAAAAAUAAUUUGUUGGUCAUCCAAAUAUCUAUGCAAGAUUUUUUCUAUUCAGAUAUAAAGAUAUGGCAUGCAAUGGUUAUGGCAUCUUAUCUGUUCAUACAGAUACUCACAACAAAGAUCAGAUUUUAAA